AUGUCUGUUAUUUCAAACCAACAUUCAUUUGAUGAUGAUUAUAUUUUGACUCUCAUCAAUGCCGCUUAUUCAAUUUUAUUUAAUGAUGAAUUAAAUUGGGAAGAAAACAGUUCAGUUCUUUGUUUUCUUUCGAUGUUCACGCAGUACAUAACUGAAGAUGACUCAAUAAAUAUCAUUACAAGGUGUAUGAAGAUUUCUUUAGACGAAUAUUUUGAAACAGAACAAAUUACUGAAUCUUUUGGUUUAAUUUCAGACUUUUUGCAGGUAAUUGAUAAAGAAAAGGUCAUAGAGAUACUUCCAUAUAUAUUUAAUAACUUUGUAGAACAAAAUAUUAUGUAUUUAAUUCCAUUUUUCUCUUUGACAAAUCAAAUCUUGGAAUUAAAUCAAAAAAUUCCAAAUGAUUUCAUUGUAGAACUGUUGGAUGCCGCUUUUGGAAGUGAAAAUAAAGAUGUCAUACUUGCUGCUUUGUUCUUUAUCAGAGAUUCAGAGAUAAUUGAAGUAAUUUCGAAAAUUGGAAAUAAUUUAAUUUCUUUUUUGAUGGAUUUGAUUGAUAAAACUGAUGAUUUAACAUUUCAAUGUGUUUUAUUUGAUGCACUUGAAAGAAUUCUAAAGAUAACUAAUGUUCAAACUGAUGAAAUCUUCAAAAUUCUUCUUGAUUAUAGUGAAAAAGUUACAGAAGACUUAAGAGAAAGUUAUUUAGAUGUUUUAGCAGCAAGUAUAGGAAAUAUCACGAAAUUGGAUGAUUCAGAAACAGAGUUUUUGAUUAAUAUUAUUCAAGAAUCUCCUGAAAACUCAUUUUGUUUGAUUAAAAGUUUAUUAGCAAGAAAUGAAACAAAAGAAGUUGCUGUUGAAAUUGUUAAAUCAACUUUGAUUUCAUUGAUUGAUUCUCAAUUAAUAGAAGCUGCUGUUUCCUUAUUUGCACAAUGUUUCGAGUUGAAUCCAGAUGUUUUCAUUGAUUUUGCUGUAGAAAUGAAAGAAAUAAUUUCUCGGUUUUGUUUUGAUGAAAAUUCAUCAACACAAAUUCGAUCUCUUUUUUAUGUUGCAUUAUCACAGAUAUGCAUGAAAACUAAUGAUGUUGAAUUAUCUUUACAGAUAUAUGAGAAUAUCAUGAACUUGUUAGAAACUCCACGUGAAAGAAUAAUUGAAGAAAUUCGAAUUUCUUUAUCAAAUAUUUUGAAUUUAUUAGAUGAAGAAAAAAUUAAUGAAUUAGUAACAAAAAUCAAUGAAAUUCUAAUAGAUUGUAAUGGAAAGAUUUUACAAGUAUUGCUGUUAUUAGGCAAACAGAUAAUUGAACAGAAAUCUAAUGAUUUUAUUUUAGAUUCAAUUGAAAAAUUAAUCAUCAAGUUUUGCCAAGAAAAUCCUAAUGAUUUAUUUGAUGAAAGUGUUUUUGAAUCAUUUACAGAUAUUAUAUGUUUUAUAUGGAAUGCAAGAAUUGCAGAAGUUUGUAUUCCUUUCCUUCUAGGUUUGUUAAAUAACAGCAAAGAUAACAAUGUUUUGUAUCUUUCAAUUGGAUGUUUAGCAGACAUUCCUUUUGAACUUUUCAGAGGAAAUAACAUAGCAGAAGAUAUAUUAGGAAGUGUAUUUAAAGUAUUGGAAGCAACAGAUGAUGUUUAUAUAAGGCAUAAUUCGAUUUAUCUUUGUAACAAGUUUUUGGCAAAAAAUGUAAUUUCUGCCAAAGAUUUAGAAAGUUUGUAUCCAAUUGUUGUUGAAUGGUUUAACUCCGAUAAUGAAGAAAACAGUAGUUUUAUGAGUGUUCUUGCUGUUUUCAUUGUUUAUUAUACCGCAAAAUCAGGUAAUGUUGAUGAAAACAUUAUAAAGGUUGCAAUUGAUCACUUACCAAAAAAAUUUGAUCCUGAUGUCAAUAGUUUUCUUGAAACACUCAAAAAUAUGAAUGUUAUUAUAUAA